AUGUUCAUCGGCGACUACACUCUCAAGGCGGUGGAGGACUUCAGUUACCUUGGUUCCAUCAUCUCCAGCAACCUCUCCCUAGACACUGAACUGAACAAACGAACUGGCCAAGCCGCAGCAGUACUGGCACUUCUCAGAAAGACGAUCUGGGACAACACCAUGUUGACCAUCAGCAACAAGAUGAAAGUAUACCAGGCCUGCGUGCACACUACUCUAUAGUAGCAAGACCUGGACCCUCUACUCCUACCAAGACUUUCCACCUGCGCUGCCUCAGAAGGAUUUUAGGCAUCACCUGGCGAGACUGUGUCCCAAACAAGGAUGUCGUAGCAUAG